AUGGAAGCGUCACUGGCCGCGAAGCAGACUACGUACACUGAUAAGGGGCCAAAGCCAAAUGGUGGAAGAUUUCUAAAUUUUGAUCACCUGACGUUUUGGGUUGGAAAUGCAAAACAGGCUGCAAGUUACUAUUGUUCUCGAAUGGGAUUUGAACCUUUUGCAUACAAAGGUCUUGAAACUGGUUGUAGGAGGGAAGCUGCCCAUGCAGUACGCCAAAAUAAGAUUGUUUUCGUAUUUGUAUCCACUUAUGAACCCAAUAACAAAGAAAUGGGAGCUCAUCUAAUUCGCCAUGGUGAUGGAGUGAAAGAUAUUGCAUUUGCAGUAGAAGAUUUGGACACUAUUGUGAAGAGAGCAAAGGAACGAGGUGCAAAAAUUGUGAGAGAUAUAUAUGAAGAGUCAGAUGCCUGUGGAACAGUAAGGUUUGCUCAGGUGCAAACUUAUGGUGAUACCACUCACACAUUCGUUGAUAGAACAAAGUACAAGGGUUUUUUUCUACCAAAUUUCAGAGAGAUUACUAUACCAGAUGUUUUAAGCAGCAGUUUACCUUCUGGAAAAUUAGAUUUCAUCGAUCAUGUUGUUGGAAAUCAGCCAGACCGUGAAAUGGAAACAGCUGCUGACUGGUAUGAGAAGUAUUUAAUGUUUCAUAGAUUUUGGUCAGUUGAUGAUUCUCAAAUUCACACAGAAUACUCUGCAUUGCGGUCAAUAGUGAUGACUAAUUAUGAAGAAACUAUAAAGAUGCCAAUUAAUGAACCAGCUCCUGGAAAGAAGAAGAGUCAGAUUCAGGAAUAUGUUGAUUACUAUGGAGGUGCAGGAGUACAGCAUAUUGCACUGAAUACUCAAGAUAUCAUUGGAUCGAUCCAAAACCUCAGAGCAAGAGGUAUGGAGUUUUUAUCUGUCCCUGAUUCCUACUAUGACAUGCUCCGUGAACGUUUAAAAAAUGAUAAAAUAAAUAUAUCGGAAGAUAUGGAUGUUUUACAAAAACUGAAAAUUUUAGUGGAUUAUGACGAAAAUGGAUAUCUUUUACAAAUUUUCACCAAAAACAUGCAGGAUCGACCAACAUUGUUCUUGGAAGUUAUCCAGAGACAUAACCAUAAUGGUUUUGGAGCUGGAAAUUUUAAGGCACUGUUUGAAGCCAUUGAAAUUGAACAAGCUGCAAGAGGAAACUUGUGAGAACUAUGUUUUGUAAUGUGUAAAUUCAAAAGAAGUUUUAAUGCCUGUAUAAUUAUAACCUCUUCCUUCAUCUUUGCACUAAGAGAAUAUCUGAGAUAUCAUUUCUUGAAACAGUCAAGUACUCUUGUAGCUGUGAGAUAGAAACUUUAUGUGUAGAGGAAAAAGCCAUGGAAUGUAAAGAGAGUUCUGUUGUUAAUAAGAACAUGAUCAAAGAAUCACUUCUCAAUCAACAAGUAAGAAUAAGUAUUUUGCACAAAUGGAAAACUUUGUUAUUAUUAUAUAAUAAUAUUGUUAUUGUUUUUAAAAUUGUAUAUUGUUAUUGUUGUAAGUUAACAAGUUGAGAUUUUAAGGCAGGUUUUUGAAACACUGUGUUCAUAAAAUAUGUUUAAUUUUUAUUUAACUUCUUAAAAUUGUCUUGGAAAAUUGAAGAUUUAUUUCAAAACCUUUCCAAAUAGACAAUUGUUUACUUAAAGAUUUCUCUCUGUGUCAUGUAGUAUAAGUACUAAUAAGUAAAUACAUAGAACAUGAUUGAAUCUUAAAUUUAUUGUUGACUAAUGCAUCAAAAAUGACAGAAACGGUUUGAAAAUUUAGAUUUAAAUAUAGUUUGAGUAUGUUUGUAUUCUUAAUAUUUAGAAAUUUGUACUUACAGUAUAAUGUAAGUAUUUUUCUAUAUGUUUUUUCUUUUUGUUUCUGCCUUUAUCACUAGCGAUCAUUUCUUUUUGGAAUUUUAUUGUCCUUUUAAAUAAAUAUGAUGAAGCCUACAUGAAAGAGUGCUGAUAUUUUGACAGAAAACAUGUAUUGUGGGUUUCUGAUAUUAUCAAAA